AUUGCAACUUCAAGGUCCUGAUGAUCAACUCAAUCAUUCAAAUUUUUGAAACUUGAAUGAUCGAAGCGUUGGAUAGUAUCAGCCAUGUCGAAGGCAAAGAAAAUUUCUUAUGUAGCGAUCUUUGUGAUUGCUUGUUUGAUUUUUUUUUUUGAAAUUAUGUAUUGUAUUGGCUAUUAUCGAAAAGGUGCCGUGGCUGCAGACACUUGGGAUUGUUCACAGGUUGGAGUAAACAUCCUCAGAAAUGGAGGCUCAGCGGUAGAUGCUGCCAUCGCUGCGCUGAUUUGCACCUCUUUCUUUAACCCACAGAGUAUGGGCAUCGGAGGGGGGUCCAUAUUCACAGUGAUGGACAGCUCUGGCAAAGUCACAAUCAUCAACUCCAGAGAGACUGUACCCAGGAAUGUGACAUCUGACCUGCUGGAGUUGUGUUCCAAUAAUACCUCAAAGACGUCAACUGGUAAAUGGAUUGGGGUCCCAGGUGAACUAAGGGGCUAUAAAGAGGCACACAGGCGUUUUGGGAAGUUGCCAUGGGCUGAACUCUUCAAGGAGACCCUUGAAUUGGUCAAACAUGGAAUUCGUAUCAAUGAAGUCCACGGUGGAUUUAUCAAGGUCAUUAAUGAAAGUGCGGGCCCAGCACUACGAAAGUUGUAUUCACACGAGAACGGGACGUUCCUGAAGACCGAUGACACUGUGAAGUUUGAGAAACUGAUGGAGACUUUGAAGAUUAUUGCAGAUGAAGGAGCAGACGCUUUUUACAAUGACGAAAUGGCAAAGAAUUUAGUCAGUGACAUAAAUGAGGCAGGAGGAAAUAUAACGAUGGAUGACUUGAAAGAGUAUAAAGUUUCCGUGACUGAUGCGUGGGUUGUUCCUUUGGGAGAGUACCAGAUGUACAUACCUCCACCCCCUGCAGGAGGCGUCAUUCUCAGCUUUCUCCUUAACGUCCUGAAAGGCUUUCACUUCAAUUCAAACUCUCUGGAAGGUGAAAGUAAGACACUGACCUAUCAUCGCUAUAUUGAAACUUUAAAGUUUGCCAAUGGAUUAAAGAAAGACAUCCGUGAUCCAAAGUUCAUGUCAACAGAACGCUUACAGAGGGCCAAGACAUUCACAACGGAUAGCUUUGCCGACGAUAUCCGAAGCUUUAUCGGUGAUGAGAGCCAGUAUUACCACAAGCCCCCAUAUAUGGACAGCGUGGGCACCUCACACGUGUCUGUUGUGACAAAGGAUGGAUCUGCUGUGUCCGUCACCAGCUCCAUCAACUACGUGUUUGGAUCACGGAUCUUAUCUCCGAGCACCGGAGUCAUCCUCAACAACCAGCUGGCCGACUUCUGUCAGAGAGUUGAUAAAUUCUCUCCUGGGGAGCAGCCUCCCUCCUCCAUGGCCCCCAUUGUGCUGAAGUCGAAGUCGAAGUUACUGGUGAUUGGGGGUUCUGGUGGGGACAGGAUCACGACUGGGGUCGCCUCGGUGCUCAUAAACCACCUCUGGUUUGGAAAAAGUCUUAAACAGGCGAUUAAAGCUCCAGUUGUUUUUGUCAACUCUGAUAAUGAAGUGGAGUAUGAAAAAGAUUUUGAUGAGGAUGUAAUCAAGGCUCUGAAAGCUCUGGGACACAAACAAAAAGAUAAAGAAACUUACUACAGUGUGGUCAACGCAGUGGAGCUCGAGGACGGUUGUAUCAGCGCCGAGUCUGAUGAACGGAAAAAAGGCCAAGCAGCCGGUUUCUGAGACCACGAGUCAGUGACACUGUUUUAUGCAGGAGGGCCCGGAGGUUACAGAGACCUUCCUGGCUAAUAAGCUAAUUAACUAGGGCUUUCCUAACAUUAGCUAACUUAAAGGCCCAAUGAAGUUAAAACGCUUAAGUGUUUUUUUUUAUCUCCCUUUGUGCUGUACAUCUCUUAUACUCCAGUAUCUGUAUGCAAUAUUGACAAAAAGACUUUUUAAGGUGUUUUCAUGUAUUCUUAAUGGUAUUUUAGGGUUAGAAAAAACAAUAAAAAUAAGUUAAUGACUAAUCCUGCACUCAAAUUUUGCAUCCAAUGAAACACUUUCUGAGUGUUUCUUAGGGAUCAUGUAUUACAGACCUCUCUGGCCUCACUGAUUACUGUACAGAAGCUCAACUUUAUAACUGUAUUCAGUGCUUUUUGUGAAACUGCAUCAGAUUUAAUGGAGAAGAAAGUUUUCCCUCUGACGUCCUCCGGCUGCUCAGCUUCAACUCUCUGUGAUUCACAGACUUUUCUGAUGGACAGUUUAGCUAAAAUAGCUAACUGUUAAUUAACUGCUGCUAACUGUAUCUGCCAUUAGUGGGUGACAGAACCGGGCUCAGCAGUCGGACCAGGAUUGAACACAGCCUCUUAGACUGACAGGGAAUAACAUUACAGUACAGAGGUAAAAAACACAAACAAUUAAAAGCCAGACUAAAGAUGUAAGUUUUGGGUUCGAGACUUUAGGAUUGGUGUAAUGUGCGUUCUCUUUCUCGUACUCGUCAAGACACGUGCAGCUAAGUUUUGAAGUGAAAGUUCUGUUCUUUUUAGGGAGAGCAAAAAAGUAGAGCUUCACAGUAAUCAAUCCUGCAGAUAAUGAAAGCUCUAAUGUCUCUCUUGGCCUAAGAGGGAGAAACAGAUUUAAGAUGAUAAAAGGUUUUAGUUAUGUUUCUAAUGUGGGGUUAAAAACUAAGAUCGGAAUCAAAGAUAACUGCAAGGUUUUUUACUUGUUCACAGGGAUUUAAUGUCAGUGUCAGGACUUCAGUUUUGUCAUGACUGAGCUGUAGAUAAUUCUCUCCCAUUCAUUGCUUAAAAUCUAAAAAAAACCCAAUUAAAAAGGGCAUCUAUUGGCCCCGAGUGAUCAGCAGAUGCAGCUAUGUAAAGCUGAGUGUCAUCAGCAUAGCGAUGGAAACUGAUAACCUUUCUAAAUGUCAGCAUGUAAAGGUUAAAUAGGGUGGUACCUAAAAUUGAACCCUGGGAGACAACACAAUUCAUUUUAUAGCUUUUAUUUAACGUUCAUCAAUGCUGACAAAAAUGUCGUUCAGAUUUAAACCAAUUAAAAUCAGUAUCAGAGAGGCCAGCCAGACUGGGAAGUCUAGUUAAAACAAUGGAGUGAUCUAUUGUAUCACAGCUCAGUUAGGUCAAGUAGUCCUAAUACAGUCCUAUACAUAGUAGCUGUCAGAUAAAACUAACAACAACAAUUGAUUUAGAUAAGCUAAUUGACUGAAAAGCAAGCUAACAAUUGGUGUGGAUUAGCCUAGCAUGUAGCAUAUCGGGGCGGGGCUUAUAAAUUCAACUAAUUUUCUGUCAUUUGAUCCCAUUUCAGAUCAAUCGUUACUCAGUCACAGUAAGCACUGAUGUUUAGUUUCAUUGUAAAUGAAUUUGUUGCUUAUGUUUAUUA